AUGGGUCCCCGAGUCCUCCUCGCUCUGCUCUUCGUGCUGCUGCUGGUGGGCCUUGAGGUCCAGGGGGCCCCAGUGGUCCAGGCUGACGAGGGCAGCCCGGCCAUGCUGGAAUCGCUCUUCCAGUACUGGUCCUCGGCCAAGAGCACCGCGAAGGACCUGUACCAGAAGACCUACCUGCCCAACGUGAACGAGAAAAUCAGGGAAAUGUACAGCAAGAGCACGGCAGCCGUGACCACCUACGCAGGCAUCUUCACAGACCAGCUCCUCACUAUGCUGAAAGGAGAACAGUAA